UUCAGUUUCAAUCUUCUCGUUAAGGCUUCGCUUCUUCUCUUCUUCCGUACUCUUCUUUUUUAUUUAUUUUUUGUAAAUUUACACUUAUUUCGAUCCCUACGGAACUUAAUCAGUCAGUAGUAACCUUGCCUAAUCUAGUACAGCAUUAGUGGAACGUAAAGUGCAACUUAAAUUACUUCACAUUUGUCAGAUCCCUUGUUUCCACUGCAUGAGAACAUUUACGUCAACCUAUGCAUUUGGAAGAAAGGCUUGAUUGUUAAAAAUUUCUGAUAUCCAAAUGUCCCACACGCGUCCUGUAUGAGACUGAGCAUUUAAAAAAAUAUAAAAAAAAUAUAUACGACGACAAUAUAACGAACAAUCCACAGUCCUCCCUUCAUAGAUAAUUCCAUUUUGGAACUUUAUCAUUCCGGUUCACCACAUGAGUUAUAAAUAUAAACCACACACGAAAACGAACGACUUGACGACUUACAAUUAAGUUAUAUUUCAACGAAAAUCAAGAUAAACUAAUAAUAAAUAAGGAUCGACCCUACCGCAAGCACUUUGCUGUCAGGCAUACACGCAUAUAUCGACGGUGGCCAUAUCAAGAUAGUGAAUCAUUGUUGGGUCGAUUAUAACGGCACGAAGCCAUGAACAAAAGAUAAGGAUUUCAUGGAAUAAAGAAACAUUUAUAUCUCACGGCAUUUGGAAAAUCUGGACAAAAUGCUGACAGAAUCGAUUCUGUUCAUACGGUGACAGCGUUAUUUAUCCUUUUGACAUCUUCAUCUCGUCCGCAUUUAUACACCAACGAAGGAGUUGCAUGUUGUCAACAGUAUCAGAGUUAGUUGGUUAGUAAAAACGAAGUGUGUGUAAAGAAAUACUCUCGACGUGAGCAAAAUCAGCAUCAUCCUCAUCAUUUUUACAGCAAGUGAUGGAUCUUCUUCAGCAAGUAUAACGGCACAACCCCCGAGUGGACCAAUCCAUACCCCGUAAAUAAACUGCCUGUGAUAAAAUACACUCUGCUACAUAUGUUAAUUGACUUGAAAAAUGAAGUGGAGAAUCUUGCUUUGACGCUGAUUUCCUUCGCAAUUGUAGCUGCUUCUGGUGCUAAUUUGAAGCUAUAUUAGGUCAACAUGUCCGCUGAGGACGAGGACAAAGUUCCUACAAGUGACCGUCAAAGUCCAAGGGAUAUUCUUACCACCGGCAGCAACGUGCAACCCGGGUUUUGUGUGAGUGAACAAGAACAUGGUGAAUCCUCGUCUAGUGGUGGAAUAGCAACUCCUGCAGAAGGAGGGGGAAUAAUAUCCACCACAGUAAACCCCCAUAACCGGACUCGUGAAACUGUGCAGAAAGUAUACCAAAUGUUGGAGAAGCACAAGGCGACAUCGAGUGAGAGCAAAUUUGAAUCCUCGUCGUCGUUCCUCCUUGACUUUGAUACUCCUCCACAAACUAGUUAUGGAAAGUCAGCGUCGGCUGGCUCUGGCAGGAGUAGCAAGCAUCACCAUCAGCAACAAAGCACUGGUGGUAAUGGCAAAGGAAAUGGCAGAGGAAGCUACAACAAUAGCAGAACAACGUCCAGAUCUCGGUCUGGAUCAUCGCUCGACGCUCUGGGCUCUGCGGGUGCUAUGGGCAGUCGACGACAUAGCGGGUCCCCUGCCGCACCCUCCCAUGAGAAAUGUGAUACUGUUGACAAUGAGACUGAUGCCACGGGGGAGGAGAAACUCGCCCAAUUGCGAUGUCCAAGUGAAAGGACUGAGGUCAUCGCUGACAGAGAAAAACGGAGGCGGAAACGGUGCUCUGAUUACCCAGGAUUUGCAUUCGGCUUCGGAUCCGUUUUUGGGUCGGAUACGAUGAUGAAGUUUAGCAUUAUCAGAAAUGAACUUGACAAUGUUACCAAAGUCCAACUGAAGAGGGCUGAAGCUGAAGUUGCUGCUCUAAAUCGUCGUAUCCAGCUUCUGGAGGAGGACCUCGAGCGAUCUGAAGAACGAUUGAACACUGCCACGACCAAGUUGGCUCAGGCUUCCCAAGCUGCCGAUGAGUCCGAGCGUAUUCGUAAAAUGCACGAGAACCGCGCCAGUCUGGAAGAUGACCGAAUUGCAAUUUUAGAGGCAAAUUUAGCCCAAGCUAAAUUGAUUGCCGAGGAGGCCGACAAAAAAUAUGAAGAGGUUGCGAGAAAGUUAGUAAUGAUUGAACAGGACCUAGAAAGAGCCGAAGAGCGGGCUGAGCAGGGCGAUGGUAAGAUCGUGGAACUUGAGGAGGAGUUGAGAGUCGUAGGAAACAAUCUCAAAUCUCUUGAAGUGUCUGAAGAGAAGGCUUCUCAAAUGGAAGAAUCAUAUUCCCACCAAUUGCGUAGCAUUUCCGAAGCUCUAAAAGAAGCUGAAGCUCGUGCUGAAUUCGCCGAGAGGUCCGUGCAGAAGUUGCAGAAGGAAGUCGACAGGCUCGAAGAUGACUUGAUCCUAGAAAAACAACGUUAUAAAUCCAUUACGGACGAGUUGGACACCACUUUCUCCGAGUUGACCGGUUAUUAAAAAUACUCGUCAGGAUGACACCGUUGCCAGUUAUUACCCAUCAUCACAAUAACUACACUACUUCUUCUGUGACUCAUUAUUCUCAUCUUUCAUUUCUAAACAAAAAAUAGUACCACUACCCUCCGUUUCACAUCUGAACUAAUUCACGAGAUAGAAAAAUCCAAGAACAUUGCAGACGAAAUGGAUAGAACAUUUUCCGAAUUGGCUGGCUACUAAUAUAAAUCUCCUCAAGACGUCCGCCUGUUUCUACUACCAAGAACAAUUUCAGUUCAGAGUCAAACUUUUAGCUUAUACACGAUGUUAUAGAAAAUACCCGUAAAUUAUUCUGUUGGUCUUUUCAUUUUCCGACUAUGAAUCUGUCGAUCUAUCAACUGUUUGUCUUUUUUCUCACGUCUCCAAACUGUAUAACUACUACACAUGCAAAUCUCUGCAUGCACGAGACCCUGUGCUGUUGUUGCGACUGACGGAUCUGAGAAAGUCCCUUUUCCUCUUUCUUCUAACAAUCAAUCGCCCUUCUUCUAUUAUUUAACACUCAACGACCAAUACAACAGCAUGACUUUGUCACCUUUCGUUUUGUUUUACCAUUCUGUAUACUUAAUUAUUUUCUCUCUGGUAUCGGCGAUAAUCCCACACAAUUUACCGAACAAGCUCUCAAGAACAACAUUAUUGGGGGAGCCAAUUUCUCUGUUUAAGUAAUUGACAAUUUAAAAAAUAAUUUAAAAAUUGGGUUCGGUUCUUCUGUCUGAAGCAUAAAAUAUAAGUAACAUACCAUGCAAAAUGAUUUGCUAUUUGCUGUGCUAUGGCUAUAAUAUUAAUCAACUAUAUAAUUCAACUAUUUGAUAAUGUAUGAUGUAAUUCUGUAUGAUAGGACGACGAGCACAAGAGGUUGUUGAAAUCAAACAUUGCUGGAUUAAUAUCAUGUUGUUGUUACGUUAAUGUUAAGUUUGCAUUAUUAUAUGAUGAAUAACUUGUAAAAAAAACUCUGUUAACGAGCAGGUAGCAAGUAGUUAGUAAUGUCAGAGCAAUAUGAUAAUAAUAGUAUGUGUCUAAGGCAAAUCAACAUAAAAAUGAUAUGAUGAUGAUGAUGAUGAUAAUAAUGAAAUAAUGAAAUAAUACACUUUAAGUUGCGUGUUGUGUUGACAGUGACAUGUAUAACAGACAUUAAAAUCCCGUCUCAGUUGAACCAUAAGCCACUUUCAUACAGCCAAAAACCACACAUUCUUGUAGUUUCACUACAUUGAUUGCUGAGAAAGCAUCCACAUACUUACAAUACACACGAACAUAACAAGUGCUGUUGCUCUUCUUGCUGUAGAAAUAUUAUUGUUAUCAUACUGACUGUUAAUUAUUGCAAUUUUCUGACGCGAGCCGGAUCAUGAAUGACUUUCUCGUAGUCAGCACAUUACUUACUACUUGCUCUAAAACUUAACACUCUCUAAAAUGUGUAUCAUGUAUGUACCUAAUUUACACUAUUUAUUUCCGUGUGCCUUGCCAAGCUUGUGGCAAUCGAAGACUCUUCUCCUCCAGCUACUUAAUAAUAAUAUGCUAUAUCGUUAUUCGUUGUUAUAUAAAGCAAACACUCACUCGACCUGAUUACGAGCUCAGCUUAUUUCGUAAUUUUUUCGUAUAGAACUAGUGACAUUUCUGGUAUGAGAGCGAGGACCGUUGAAUGAGAAAUCCGUAUUUACAUAGUUAUAUUAAAGUUGUUAGAACAACUAUAAUGCAGGCCAUGUCGAGUAGAUGUAGUGCUAUGAUUUUGUUCGUCAACAACUGACGCAAAUUCGGACCACUUUGUUUGCCUAUCUGUCUAUCUAUCUGUAUAUCUAUCUAUUUCUUGUUAGAAAUGCUUGCUUUUGGAUUGAGUUUAUAGGUGCGUGGUUUUAUUUCUAUGUAUCAAUCAUUUACACCUCAACCAACACUGUGUGAAUUUUUAAUGGGAACCAACGACAAUAUUGCAAUUAUGAAUAUUAACAUCAAAAACAGAGUUACACUGUAAAAUAAAAUCUCAUCAUACAAAACAAUAAAUAACUGAAUGAAAAUUAACACCAAUGGCUGAGGAUUGUGUGCAGAGAUACAACAAAAAGAUUUACUAUUCAUAAUUCAAUAUUGUUUACAAAAUACUAUUACAAUUUAGUUAUGAUGAUCGAAUGAACAUCUUGUCAAUAAAGUGGUGUUAUGAUGAUUGAUAUGAUAAAACCUA